AUGGGCGCCGCCCAGCUGGAGGGCCUGGGACGAGAGAUGGCGGGCAUUCAGACCGUUGUCACCGCCUCGCGUGGCUCCCGGCCAUCGAAUGUGCUCAUGUGUUCACAGAAUGAUGGAGGCAGGUCGUCCUCUCUUUAUCCCCUGCACGUUAAGUACCACCUGCGCUUCAGCUACACGCAGAGGAACUCCUUAAUCACGCUGCUGACCUCCAAACAAGAUUAUGUGGACAGCUGGGGCACAUCCUUCCUCUACCCUCCCAACCCAAGCCAAGAGCCCCGGGCCUUAGGGCAUUCGGACGGCGGACUCCCUGGAUACAGCAACGAAGGCUUCCUGGCCAUCCAGCAUGCGCUGGACAAGGCCAUCAUGCACUACCACGCCCACAAUGGGACGACCGAGAUGUUUGAGGGCCUCAGUGUGUUUGUGAAGAGGUUCCCCCACGGAGCCCACAUCCAGGACAGGCUCCUGGUGACCCUUCAGAAUGAGUUCCCUCUUCUGCUCAUGCUCAGCUUCAUCUGCAUCGAGCUCAUCAUCAUCAAUUCCAUUGCCCUGGAGAAAGAGAAAAAACUGAAGGAGUACAUGUGCAUGAUGGGAGUGGACAACUGGCAACACUGGGCUGCCUGGUUCAUCGUGUCCUUCGUCUCGGCCCUCCUCGCCGUUUCUUUCAUGACCGUCCUCUUCUGCACACAGGUGAACAGUGUGGCGGUGUUCAGGAACAGCGACCCUAGCUUGAUAUUUGUUUUCCUACUGUCUUUUGCCACGGCCACUGUUUUCUUUGCAUUCAUGAUCAGCACAUUCUUCCAAAAAGCCCACGUAGCCACUGCCUCGGGAGGAAUCAUCUUCCUCACCUACCUCCCAUACCUGUACCUCACUUUCAGCUACUCCCAGAGGACCCACUUCCAAAAGAUUGGCUUUUGCCUGCUCUCGAAUGUCGCCAUGGCACUGGGAGUGCGAUUUAUCUCCAUAUUUGAGAUAAGAGGCACAGGCCUGCAGUGGAAGAACGUGGGCGGCUUCAGCGGGGAGUUUAACUUCUGCCAGGUGCUGCUGAUGCUUCUGCUGGACUCCGUCUUGUACGGCGCGGUGGCCGGGUACGUGGAGGCCGUCCUCCCGGGCGAGCAUGGCGUGCCCAAGCCCUGGUACUUCUUCGUCAUGCCAUCCCACUGGCGUGGACAGCCCGUGCCCCUCACGCAGUCGGUGCUUCGGGUGGCGGAUCCGGACAGCUCUCCGAAGAGCAAGUUGAUUCAGGAAGAGCCUACCAAUUUGAAGAAAGGGAUUGAAAUCCAGCAUCUCUACAAGGUCUAUCACACAGGAAAGAAUAAACAUGUAGCGGUCAAAGACCUGACCCUGAAUCUGUACCAGGGGCAGAUCACUGCUCUCCUGGGACACAACGGAGCCGGCAAAACCACCACGUGCUACGUGCUCACAGGUCUUAUUCCCCCUUCAAGUGGGUGUGUGUAUAUCAAUGGAUAUGAAAUUUCACGCAAUAUGGCGGAGAUCCGGAAGAGCGUGGGCUGGUGCCCCCAACACGAUAUCCUGUUUGAUGACCUCACCGUAGCGGAGCAUCUCUCUUUCUAUGCUCAGCUGAAGGGCCUGUCCCGCCUCAAGUGCCCCGAAGAGGUCCAGCGGAUGCUGCACGCCCUCAGCCUGGAGGACAAGCGGGACUCCCUGAGCAGGUGCCUGAGCGGGGGCCUGAGGCGCAAGCUGUCCAUCGGCAUCGCCCUCAUCGCGGGCUCCAAGGUGCUGAUGCUGGACGAGCCCACCUCGGGCAUGGACGCCGUCUCCAGGAGGGCCAUCUGGGACCUGCUGCAGCAGCACAAGAGCCAGCGCACCGUGCUGCUCACCACGCACUUCAUGGACGAGGCCGACCUGCUGGGGGACCGCGUGGCCAUCAUGGCCAAGGGGGAGCUUCAGUGCUGCGGGUCCUCGCUGUUCCUCAAGCAGAAGUACGGUGCAGGAUAUUACAUGACUUUAGUGAAGAAACCUCACUGUAGCACAGAGAAGAUUGCCCAUCUGAUUUAUCACCACAUACCCAAUGCGGUUUUGCAGUCCAGCAUUGGAGAAGAAUUAACCUUUAUUCUUCCUAAAAAGAGCAUGCCCAGGUUUGCAUCUCUAUUUACCGAAUUGGAACAGAGGCAGGUGGAGCUGGGGAUCGCCAGCUUCGGGGCCUCGGUCACCACCAUGGAGGAGGUCUUCAUUCGGGUGAACAAGCUGACAGAUUCCAGCACAGAAAUCCAAACCCUCAAGAUUCCCUCCAUUCAGUCUCACCACCUGAUCGGCGGGGUUCCUGUCAACAGAAUCAAACGUAUUCACUCAAGGAUCUUCUCCAUACCGUCCGGCCUGCCAAUCCAUCACAACACUGGGUUCAGCCUCAUCUGCCAACAGUUCUAUGCCAUGCUCCUGAAAAGGGUCCUGUACUCUUGGCGCAACUGGUUGUUGAUGCUCACGGUACAGGUCCUGGUGCCCCUGCUGAUCACCACCUUCAGCCUCACCAUCUUCAACCUGGAAACGAACACGGGCAGCGUGCCGCUGGAACUGACCCUGAGAACGUAUGGCCGAACCGUCGUCCCGUUCUAUAUUUCUCCCAAUUCCAGGCUGGGUCCUCGGCUUUCACAGUAUUUUACAGACAUGCUUCUGGCGGAGGAACAGAUCCCUCUGGAGACCCGGAGCUCGGUGGAGGACCUCCUCCUGGACAAGGCAGAGGAGGAGCUCGAGGGCUUUGAUUUCAAAUACGUCGUGGCUGCUUCCUUUGAAGACCAGGGGAACCACACGACGGUGACGGCGCUGUUCAACAACCAGGCGUACCACUCCCCUGCCGUGGCGCUGGCGCUCGUGGACAACUUCCUCUUCAAGCUGCUCUCCGGGGCCACGGCUUCCAUCACGGCAUCCAACCACCCUCAACCUAAGUCGGCCCUGGAGGCCUCGGAGGACAUCUUGUACAACAGCCCUAAAGGACACUACCUUGUUAUCAACUUGCUUUUCGGAAUAGCUUUCCUGUCCAGCUCCUUUGCCAUCUUGACGGUCAAAGAGAGAUCCACAAAGGCCAAGCACAUCCAGUUCGUCAGUGGUGUUUAUGUGGCCACCUUCUGGCUCUCCGCUCUGCUGUGGGACCUCAUCACUUCCCUGGUCCCCAGUCUGCUGCUGCUGGUGGUGUUUCUGUACCACGAGGAAGAAGCCUUCACACACCAGGAAAACGUCCAGGCCAUCAUUCUGGUGCUAAUGCUCUACAGCUGGGCGAGCAUCCCCUUGGUGUAUCUGAGCAGCUUCUGUUUUUGCAACGAAGGGAGUGCUUUUGUCAAGCUCCUGGUCAUGCUCACCUUCCUGAGCAUCGGCCCCUUCAUUCUCAUCUCAGUCAUGGAGGACAAAGACCAAGGCCGCACCAGGGUCUCGGAGUCGUUGGAUCAUGCCUUCCUAAUACUCCCCGGCCACUGCCUGGGAAUGGCUCUCUUCAACUUAUACUACAACUACGGACUCCAGAAGUUAUGCGAAACCAGGAACCUGAGCCAGUCUAAGUGUAAUAAAUUUUUAGAGGGAUACACGGUCCAGGAGAGCGUCUACGCCUGGGAGUCCCUCGGGAUGGGGAAGUACUUGGCAGCCCUCGCCAUCUUGGGGUCUGUGUACCUCAUCCUGCUUUUCCUCAUUGAAACCAAUGUCUUGUGGGAAUUGAAAGCCAGGUUUUCUGACCUCAACGGGAAGCAAGAAUCGCAGGUAAUGUUGCAGAAGGUAACGUCCGUGCCCAGAGACCAAGAUGUGCAAGAGGAGGCAAAAAUGGUCCAGACUUCUUUGAAAAAGCUGCGUGAGGAAAACCCACUUGUUCUUAAAGACGUGUCAAAGGUCUACGGCAGGAAGGUGCCCCUGCUGGCCGUGAACAAGGUGUCCUUCGCCGUCCAGGCAGAGGAGUGCUUUGGCCUUCUUGGUGUCAACGGAGCUGGGAAAACGUCCAUCUUCAAAAUGCUGACCGGGGAAGAGCCCAUCACCUCUGGGGACGCCUUUAUCAGGGGCCUCAGCAUCAGCUCUCACCUCAGGAAGGUGCGGCAGUGGGUGGGCUACUGUCCCCAGUUUGACACCCUGCUCAACCACAUGAUGGGCUGGGAGACGCUGGUCAUGUACGCCCGGAUCCGGGGCAUCCCCGAGCGCCACAUCGGCACCUGCGUGGAACAAAUUCUUGAGGAGUUACUCAUGUACGCCUACACUGACAAACUGGUGAAGACCUACAGUGGUGGCAACAAACGAAAGUUGAGCACUGGCGUCGCCCUAAUUGGAGAGCCUUCAGUCAUCUUGCUGGACGAGCCAUCCACUGGCAUGGACCCUGUGGCCCGGCGCCUGCUCUGGGGCACAGUGGCACAAGCCCGCAAGUCUGGCAAGGCCAUUGUUCUCACCACCCACAGCAUGGAAGAAUGUGAGGCCUUGUGCACCCGGCUGGCCAUCAUGGUGCAGGGCCAGUUCAAGUGCCUGGGCAGCCCACAGCACCUCAAGAGCAAGUUUGGCAGCGGCUACUCCCUGCGGGCCAAGGUCCGGAGCGAAGGGCGGCAGGAGGCCCUGGAGGAGUUCAAGGCGUUUGUGAACCUGACCUUCCCAGGCAGCGUCCUGGAGGAUGAGCACCAAGGGAUGGUCCAUUACCACCUGCCCGGGGAGGACCUCAGCUGGGCCAAGGUGAGCACAUACCUGGGCAUCAGAGGGAGCAAACCUCGGACGUCACGGGCUUUCUGGGGUGACCUGUUCUCCCUCUUGCAUGUGUUUGACAUUCUGGAACAAGCCAAGAGGAAAUUCAUGCUGGACGACUAUUCUGUCAACCAAGUCUCCCUGGAGGAUAUUUUCCUGAGCUUCACCUGCCCUAUGCCCCCUACCCAAGAGGGAACGAAACCAGAGCAAGCAAAGCCAGCUCCACCCCCCUCCCAGCCUCCCUCCCAGCCUCCCUCCCAGCCUCCUUCCCAGCCUCCCUCCCCACUUCCCUCAAAACCUGUCUUGCUGUAAUAAAGAGUGUGAAGCCUGCCAUGGGCUGCAAGGGGUACAAAGAUAGCUUGUACACCCAGUGAGCUCAGUGCGGGGCCGAGGGUUGGGGGUGGCUCUAGAUCAGACUGGGACCUCUCACCUUGGAGGCCUGGUGGACGGCCCAGGUGCAUUGCCGUGGGAAAAGAUCCCCUUGAGUCCCACCUGAGUGGCCCGAGGCCUCACUGAGACCUGGCUUGUGGAAGCAGCCUCAGGUGACCCCCUGCCAUGUCUUCUCAAGGCUCAGUGGCCUGGGGGUGACCACAGUUGUCAUGACACUGCACCUUCUGCAGGUAAGAGAAGAGAACAGGUUGAGGAGUUUGCCAACCUAACAAUUUUCCUUUAUUUCAAUACUUGGAUCUGUGCAGCUUCAUCUGUACUGUCCCGGUCCCUACAAAGAUUAGGGGUAAGCCCGCAUGUGAUCCUGCCAUCAGCCCAUGAAGUGUUACUCGGAGGAGUAACCUGGAACUUAGGGUCAACUUUCCAGAGUCAACAUGUAGUAGGCCAAGAUUCAGUUCAGGGAGAGGUUCUCAAAGGGGAGGGCUCCUAAGCAGCAGCUUCUAAAUCAUUCAGAAACUUGUUAGAAAUUCAGAUCCUUGAGCCCCACCCCGGACCUGGCAAACCGGAAAUCUCUGGGGUGAGCCCCAGCAAGCCAUGUUGUAAGCACCCGGUGUUCACAAGUGCUGAGGCAUCUCGCGUGUGAGAACCACAAAGCUAAGGCCUGUGUGCUCCAGGCCACUACGCCCUCAAGCCAAGAGCACGGACACAUGUGGCUCCGCCCUUUGCCACCAGGACUCUGCUCUGAGACACGCCCAUCUUGUAGCCUUUUUCUCUCCAGCAUGGUCACACCUGUCCCUUCUGGAAAGCCCCCUCAGCUCCUCCUUUGCAAGUAGUUCCCUCCCUGCUUUCUCAGCCAGGCUGAGGGGAAAAGUGGGGAAAGUGGUGCGGUCCCCGACCACACUUGCUACACUUCCCACCUCCCAUCACCACUCACCCCAAAUUACAGCACCGGCACAUCCCUGGCUGCCACACCCUCUGAUUUCUCCAUCCUUUCUCCAUGUCACUGCUAUGUGAC